CCGUUGCCAUCCCCUGUAUUCAUUGAGGACGUAGAAUUCGAAGGUGGACAAAAGGCCCUAAGACUGUACAUUGAACGAGCAGAAGCUCUUGGAGUUGUCGACUUGACCAGCGCGUUUGUUGUCGGCUCUAACCAUUCGGCUAUUGUCCGUCAAGUCUCACCCUUUAACAUUCGGAUAUCCGUUUAUCGUCAAAAGCAAAG